AUGAGCUCUCAGGAUGAGCAGUUCCAAGCAGGAGCCCCUGACCCAGCGGCUUCCUCCGCCGAUGAUGGCAUGACCUGGUGGUACAGGUGGCUCUGCAGGAUUGCCGGGGUCAUCGGGGGCAUGUCCUGUGCCUUCGCUGGUCUCUGGAACUGUGUCACCAUCAACCCCCUGAACAUCGCGGCCGGCGUGUGGAUGAUGCUCAACGCCUUCAUCCUGUUCCUGUGCGAAGCGCCCUUCUGUUGCCAGUUUAUCGAGUUUGCGAACGCUGUCUCUGCGAGGGCAGACAAGCUGCGGCCCUGGCAGAAAGCUGCUUUUUACUGCGGGAUGGCUGUGUUCCCCGUCGUGCUCAGCCUGACGCUCACCACGCUCUUUGGAAAUGCCAUCGCGUUUGCCACCGGCGUGCUUUAUGGCCUGUCGGCGCUCGGCAAAAAGGGAGAUGCCAUCACCUAUGCCCGGAUCCACCAGCAGCAGAAGCAAAUGGAUGAAGAGAAGCUCACAGGCUCCCUGGAGGGACAGGCUCUCUGAAGCACUCGAGCUCGGGGUAACUUCUUCUGGACAUUCAGAUGGUGAAGAUACGGAAAUCCUCUCUGCCCUUCCCUCUGCCCACUCCCCUCUCCGUUACGCCACGAUUUCCCUGGACACUG